AUGUCUGUUCUUCUGUCAAAGAUUCAAGACCUUGAGAAUUCUAUGGCUACCCAAUUAUCAUCUGAAAAGUCAAAGUCAAAGCAUGUUGUUAUGGAAGAUGAGGAGAUGAAGACACAACUGGAAUCUGCAAGGGGUCUGAUUGAGAAACUGGUUUUUGAAAAUGAGAAGCUUAUUGAGAAAGUGAACAACUUAAAUGGUGAAGUAACAACAACUGAUGAUCCAAUGGUGACAAAUUCUGAAGCUGAUGAUGAAACUUCAGCUACAGAGACAACUGAUGAUAGAAUUAUAGAGUCCAUGAAAAAAAUAUAA